GCCCUAGACAUGAUUUUUUUUUAGGUUAAGUCGUUUUGAUUUUCGAUGGAAUAAAGAAUACUGCUUUGGUCCAAUGAUCCAUAAAUAAGAAUACGUAAUUAAAGAUACGAUAAGCAUACAAUAUCUCAUUACAUAGUCUUCAUCUAUUUAGCAUUUAAAAAAAUCAUACACUACAAAAACUGCUGUUGAAGCUUCGGCUAAUUGCAAAUUAUCAAUACCACCGUGACAUUUGUUUCUAUUUUUUAAUCACAACUCGUGAGGGUUAACUUUGAAGAAUAAAUAUUCAUGAAUAUAGGAAUGGAGGAAUCGGAUGAAAAUAAUAGAGUCAGAUGGAACAACAGUGAAGUAGAUAAAUGUUUUCUCGAAGCGUGUAUCCAAGAAGUUGCUCUAAAUGGUAGAGAAGGAGGUAGUCUGAAGUCAGAAUCUUGGGCCACAAUUAUGAACACUUUGAAGAAAAAUCAUAACUUUGUUGUUUGUCAAAGACAAAUGAAGAAUCGAUAUGACUACUUAAAACAAAAGUAUCAAGCUUGGUUGCCGUUAACUAUGAAAACAGGCAAUAUUUACAAUCAUGCCACCAACACCAUCAACAUGACAAAGGAAGAGUGGACAGAGUAUAUAAAGGCUCAUCCUAAGGCAAAGAGUUUAAGACUUGCACCUCUACCUUAUCCUGACCUUUGUAGAGCACUAUUCGACGGUGCCACUGCUACUGGUGUUCAUUCUUGGGGACCUAGUUCCCAAGAUCAAAAUCCAGGUGUUACCUCAUUUUCUUCGAGUAAUGUCCGGAAUGUGGAACAAAGAGACAUAGAAGAUAUUUCUUAUUGUGAUGAAGAUGGAAAUUUUAGGGAUACCAGAGGGACUCAGACUAAUGAUUUCGCCCAUCGGUCUCAAGGAGAAAAGCCUAAAAAGAAAAAGAAAAAUAGUCAACCCUCGGCCGGACAUAGAGAAGCUUGGAUGGCGCUUCCUAAGGAUAAUGUCGGAGUUCUGAAAGUCAAAUAUGGAAAUUUACGAUAUUAUGAUAUUGAUGAUGAUCUAUUGGGAGCAGUAGGUGCACUUGAUGGAACACUAGUACAUGCCGUUGUUCCAGUUUCAAAGCAAACUAUGUACAGGGGCUGGGAAGGGGUAACACAUGAUUCAAGAGUCCUAACAGAUACAGUUGCUGAUCCGACAAACGGAAAAUACUAUCUUUGUGAUGCAGCAUACACACAUACUAGAGGAUUUAUGGUUCCGUAUCGCAAUGUGCGAUAUUGGUUAGGGGACUAUCGUCGUAGACGUGCUUUGACUAAAGAAGAAACAUUUAACCAUGCUCAUGCUCAACUAAGGAAUGUCAUUGAACGAACUUAUGGAGUUCUGAAAAAUAGAUUUCCGAUUUUAGAAAAGAUGGCCCCUUUUUCAUUAGAUGUGCAAAGAAAUAUAGUGAUUGCUUGUUUUGCGGUACAUAAUUUUAUAAGAAAAGAGCGUAUUAGUGAUAAAUUUUUUGAGGAGCUUGAUCAACCCAAUAUGCCUUUUGAUGGUGCGAAUGAGGAUGGACAAGACCACGAGAAUGAUGAUACAUCUACCGGACCAUGGUGGGGGGUCGAUGACAUGCAGUAUAUGGCUAAUGUUCGCGAUGAGAUAGCAACUCGGUUGAUGCAUUGA